AUGGCAUUAGGCCAAAGCACCCGAGUCGGGUUCUACUUGCGUACGUGUCCUCGGGUUGAAUCGAUUGUUCAUGCCACCGUUAAAAAGCAUUUCCAAUCGAAUCCAACGGUGGCGCCGGGGUUGCUGAGAAUGCAUUUCCACGACUGCUUCGUCCACGGCUGCGAUGGUUCCAUCCUCAUUGAUGGCUCUUCCACAGAGAAAUCAGCAGGUCCUAAUCUUCUGCUGAGAGGAUUUGAUGUUAUUGAUGAUGCCAAAAGCCAGCUUGAAAAUGCAUGCCCCGGAGUCGUCUCUUGUGCUGAUAUUCUUGCUCUUGCUGCCCGUGAUGCCGUGGUUUUGACCAAUGGGCCAACUUGGUUAGUGCCUACCGGACGUAGAGACGGGCGAGUUUCUUCGGCAUCUGAUACUGACAAUUUGCCAGCUUUCACCGACUCCAUUGACGUUCAAAAGCAGAAGUUUGCUGCUAAAGGUCUUAAUACUCAAGAUCUGGUCACUCUAGUUGGUAAGCAUCACAACUUUACAUCUAAAUAA